GAAGCCCGAAUAGAAGAUUAUGGAGGACUGCCCACAACUUCCCGUCUGAAUUCUGAUAAUUUUGAUCCUGUUUCUAAACUAUGGAGCAAAAUACAAACCCCUAGAGAUGUACAGUUAAAGACAUAGUAGACAAGACAGAAACAUACUGUACAAUGGGGUCAAGAAUAAGAGAGAAUCCAGAAAAGUUGUUUGAAGUUUUCUUAGAGAUAGCAAAACCAGAAAAUGAUGAUGAAACUAUAUUUGUACAGAAAUAUCCUAGAGAUUAUAAUGAUGAGCAAACUUUAAAACCUAUUCCCAUGUUUGCAUUUCCAUGUGACAGUGAAAGGUACACAACAAAAGUUGAUCAUUUUACAUUUGUAUUAACUGAUCUUGAAAGCAAGUAUAAGUUUGGAUACUGUCGACAAGCACAAGGAGUUCAGACAUGUCUCUGUAUUGUCAGUUGUCUCCCUUGGUUCGAUGUUUUCUACACAAUACUUAACAAGUUGGCUGAGAUGAUAAAUACCACUGACAAUGAUGAUAAUGUGACUGAGUUAUUACGAGCUACUUAUGCUAAUGGUGUACCAACACCUGGGGUACCAGUUCAGAUCAUUGUUGGACAAGAUAUGUUAAAUUUUACAGCUCCUGAUAUUAGUAAAUUACCUAGUAUACCUACAAAUAGAAACUUAACAGAAUAUUACAGUGCAGUUGAUACAGAAAAUAUGAUGAAAAUAUUUGCAAGUAUGUUACAUGAAAGACGUAUCCUAAUAACUUCAAAGAAAUUAAGUAGACUGACAUCAUGUGUUCAUGCUUCUACAGCUCUGCUAUACCCCAUGCAUUGGCAACAUUUAUUUAUACCUAUAUUACCGCCACAUCUGUUGGACUAUGUGACAGCACCAAUGCCCUAUGUAAUUGGAAUUCAUUCUGCAGUCUUGGAGAAAGCUAGAAAGAACGAGAUAUCUGAUGCUGUGAUAUUGGAUGUAGAUACAAACACAUUAACUACAGAGUAUGAUGACUUUGAAGAUCUUCCUUCAGAAAUUUCUUCCUAUCUGAAGAGGCAUCUGAAGAAAGAUAAAAUCAUCCAGCAAAUGUCUACUAAUGGAGAUGUUAUAUCAAAGGCUUUCAUGCAGGCUUUAGUAAGGCUCAUAGGUGGCUACAGAGAUGCAUUAAGAUUUCAUCCUGGUGAACCUAUUACUUUUGACCCUGAAGCAUUUGUGCAGUCAAGACCAUCCUCAAUGCAGCCAUUUCUGGACUCAAUGUUUGAAUUACAAAUAUUUCAACAGUUUAUAAAUGAUCGACUGGACAUGUUAAAUCUUGGUAAAGGUUUCAGUGAUCUAUUUGAAGUGGAGGCCAUGUUACAGGCAGACAAGCUUAAUUCACAAUCAAGAUAUAAAGAAUGGUUGGGUAAUAUGAAGAAACAGGGUAAACAGAUGCAGAAGAAUUCAAAGGAAUACUUCAAAGACUUUAAAGAUAAGUGGAAUGAGAUGGACAUUAAAACCAUAUCUCAUAAACACAUAAAUAUUAUGGCUGCCAAGGUCAGUACAGCUUCAGCAAAGGCUGCACCUGUAGUUUCUAACGCCAUGCAUACUGUACGACGUGAAGGGAAGAAAUUGUAUUCAGGUGUACGGAAACAAGUACAGGAUAUAAGAAAAGAGGAUGAUCAUUCUAGAACAAAAAGUAUGAAACAGCCCAGGCCUGAUUCAAAAGCAUUAUCCCGUAACAGGCCCGCCACUGUAAUACAUGCUGCAGAGAUAAUACCUAUUCGACCUUUACGACCUGGUAAUCCACCUAUGAUACAGGUUACUGGUACAGACAGCAGGGUAUCAAAGUACAAGCUGAUACAUCUUGCUGAUGAAAAGAGUAUUGAUGACUCAGAAGCAGAUCUAUCUUAUAAUCGUAUAAGUGUUAAUCUCUUGUCUGACCCAGACAUCCAGGUGGCGCUGAACAAAUCUGCCAGUGUAGAGGAUCUAGGAAAUUCACCAAUUCAUCAUUCAGUCCUUCUAGAAGACAGUGAUGUUUCAUCUAUAGAUUCAUUUAGUAUCGCUCACAGCGGACGCGCAUCACCAAAUCAGCAAGAAAAAUCCAUCAUAGGUUUAGAGGAAACUAGUUCAAUAUCAUCCACUUCCACAUUUGACAGUGCUAACAUUCCAUACAUAGAUACUUCUGACGAUGCUUCCAAGCAUCCUAUUGCACCACCUAGGAAACAUAGACGGCAAAAAAAUACCACUGAAGUCGGUGAUAGACUCAUUGGAAGAAAAAAUAAACCUGCUGACAGACUAAUUGGUCAAAAGAAUCCACCCCCAAAACCUGCCCCCAGGAAAAGUUUAUCGAAGGACAUUCCACAUACUGAAAUAACAUCAGUCCCUCUUAUAGAAUUAGACUCCCCAGAGUAUGUAGAUGUUUUUGAUCCAUUUAGUAGUGGUAAUUCAUCCACUGUUGGAAGAGUUGAAGAGAUAAGAGAACUUUUUUCAAGUCCAGAAAAUUCACCAGGAAAACAGGGUUCUACAGAUAUUAAAUUCCAUGAACUUAGUCGCACACAUGCAUUUAGGAAACAGGCUUUAGACACGCCAAAAAGGGACUUUUGUAAGGCUGAUAUUUCACCUUCGCCAGAAAGGGAUCUGAUGUCAAAUAGUUCUCCUAGUGAUUUACCAAACAAGACAAAUGACAAAGCUACUGAAUUGUUUGCAAGUUUUGAUCCACUGAUAUCAGAAAAAUGUAAUUUAUCAGGUUCACAAAAGAGUGAGACACAAGGAAAUGAUUUAAUUCAAAAUUGGAAUAUAAAUCAUUUAAAGACUGGUUCAAGAGUUAAAUCCUCCUCACAGUUUUUGGCAGGAGGGAACAAUGAUCCCAGAUGCCGUGAUCCAGUAGGAGUAACAAAUAAUCCAAUUUAUGGAACAAAGCCUUUGCGACAAAAUAAACCUGUAUUGCCACCAAGACCAAAGACCGUUGUUGGUAGUUCUGUUCUAUCUAGUCAGUUUAAACCUGUAGUAGUUGACAACCCUUUUUACAGUGUUGAUAAUUCAAGUUCAAACUCAGCCAAGGUUCAAAGUCGGAACAGUGACCCUUUUAGUGACCUCCAUGAAAUUAGUGUUAGUAACAGAAAAAGUCAAGAAUUUGCUCAAUCAAAGUGGGAAAAAUUUUAGUAAUUAUCAUUUGAAAAUUUUAAAUAUUAAAUUUUACUGGUUUUGAAUAAAAACAGACUUGUUUAGCAGCUGAAUUGAUUUGCUGAAUGUGUAGAUCAAAUGCUGACAUCCAAAUUAUUUGCUCAAAAGUAUACAUAAAUUUAAAAAAAAUAAGUUUAAAUUCACAAUUCUUUUAAUGAAAUUGUUUUGACUGAAAAAAUAAACUGUAUAUCAACUAAAAUUGAAUGUAGUCCUCUCAUUAGUAUCACACAUUAAUUUCAUUUAUCUUAUUCAGAGUAAUUGCUUUAUUUGUUGUUUAAGUCAAUCAUCAAACUUUUUUUGUAAAAACAGGAAUGAAAGGCAUUAUCAUGAUUUUAUAUUGAGAAAUUUUACAUUUAAUGUAUAAUUUUGUAAUAAUUUAAGGUUUCUUUAUAUAUACAUGUAUUUAGAUGUUAAAGUUGAGAUAUACUAAAUGAUAAAAAUUCUCUAGAAGUAAUUCCACCACUUUUAUACUUAUUAUUCUGGAUAAUUAUAAUGUUGCUGAAGAGUCACUGGUUAGGUAAAUGAGAAACUACAAUGAAUGGUUCCUUUUUUUAAAAUCUUUUUUACCUCCAAAUAUUGGAUUCUUGGAAGAACAAAAUGAAGUAUCAAUCUUUAUGAAUUAGAUCAGGAAUAUUAAUAUUUACUUGGUUUUUCCAUUAGCUAAUUAUUCCUUCCUCUUUUCUUUUUUUUUAAUAUAUAUAAAUAUUGGUAAACUUCUAUUUUAUCAUAAGUAUUUAAAUUUUGCCAUUUAAAGAGAUUUUAGGUCUCUGUAAAUGUGCAUUAAUAUUGAAAAGAUCAGAAGAUUUAGACUAUACUUAUCCAUUAUUAUUCUAACUCCACGUGAUUAUCUAAAACAAUUUUAUGCCAACUAAGGCCUUAAUGCACACAGACCUGUUUAUAUAAAAAAAGAAACAAUUUCAAUGAACUUGAAUGAAAGUAGAUUGGAGUAUAUUGCUUGUGUUUUUAAUAUUAUUUAUGUUGUUUAUGUGUAUCGCAGUUGUGGCUUUCAUAAUAUCAAUUCUAAGUUUUACAUUAAAAUUUGUUAUCUUUCUUGACAUUACAAAAUAUUGUUGUUAUGUUAGAUAUUAUUGGUAUAGAUGUGUAUAAUUAAAUCUAGUUUAAUAUAUAUUAGCAUUGGUCACCUCUUGUGUAUACUACUUCUUAGUAAUUUUUUCUAGAAAAUAAUUAAAAUUUUCAUCUUGACAUAUUGCUUAUGGAAGGUUUUUCAGAAAUCUCUUAAAUACAAGGAUUUUUUCAGUAUCAUUGUGGUUCUAAUAGUGACUUCAUUUUAAAUAGAUUAUUUUCACUAUUUUUAAAGUUUAUAUUUAAAUAAGUGCCAUUGUAUUUAAAUGUGUUUACAUGUGUUUGACUGGAUGUUUCAUAAACACUUGUAGAAUUCCAUAGCAUUUCACGAACAAGAAAAAAAUGUUAAGUCCACCAGAGGAGAAAUAAAACAUCUUUUAAUACAGCUACUUCAAACUGAAAUAUCUCUGACAAAGUUUUAAAAUCAGCUCUGUAUAUCAUUGUGUUCAAAUACUUUUAGCUAGUAGUUUUUGUCAGAAUCGGAGGAACAAACUGCUGAAAUUUGUAUCCUGUUUUUAUUUUGAGUGCUGGUAGUUAGUAUUACAUGAACACAUUCCAUGGAUAUAGGUCAAUAGUGACCUAAUUAUGUAUUUUAAACAAAUCCUUUAAUUUCUAAAUAAGAAUUGUAAUUAGAACUGCAUACUAAUUUAAGUAAUCAGGAUUUCUAGGUCUAUAAUAAAGCUUACGGUGAAGAAAAUUUCAAAUGAAUUUGAUUUUAUUUUUAAUUACUGACAAGAAUGAACUCAAAUUACAAGGACAAUUUGUAGUUAAGAUGAAGUUUUUAUGUGAAAUUGUGCAUGUUGUGUAGUUAUAAAUUUCUAGUUUAAUGUAAAGCCUAUUGCUGCUGAGCGGUGCUGUGUUUUAAGACAAACAUACUGUGAUAAUUGUUACAAUACUCUGGUUAGCUUGUUACAAUGCAAUCACAGAAAAUAAAUCAUGUAUCACUUAAA